AUGGAGCUGGAGCUGGCGCUGGCUCUGGAGCACGAGGAGAAGGAGGAGACUGUAGCGGUGGCGGCUGCCGAGGAAGAGGAGGAAGAGGAGGAAGAGGAGGCAGCGGCUAAGCGGCUUCUGCGCUUCUCCCGAGACCCACGGACUCGUUUCCUGGGAUGCCGCCUGGGCCAGAUGCUCAGGGUUCGAGAGGAAACGUGGAGCCAAUACCUGGAGGGCGAGGAGAACCGGCAAACGCUGCAGGAGUUUUGGGGUCGCCAGGGCCCAGGUCUCCUCCUGUUUCGCGGCGCUCCUGCUGGACGACUCUCUGCUUGGUCGGCUUGGUCUCAGGUUGCUGUUCCCAUUCUCUCAAACAAGAAGAACCACACGGUUUGGCCCUAUUUUGUAUCCCAAGACCUGGGAAGCCAUGUGGAAGGCAUGAAAAGCAAAAUGCACAUUCUGAACGGUGUGAUGUCAGGAAGAACCCUGCUUCCGAUUCCUACCGUGGCAGGGAACAUUCACGUGGACGAACUAUUCUGUAUAAUCUUUGGUAUCACUGUUGCUGUUUCUAGACAAGACUCACAUGAAAGGACUGUCCUUCACACCAUUGAAUCUGUGGUCAUAAAGUGGUCACAUCAAAUCCAAAAAGUCCUCCAAAAGGACUCAGGGCAGCUUCUGUUGAAGGGCAUUCACUCGGACCCUGAGACCGAACUGGACUUCUGGAAGACAAGACGGGAUAAUCUUCUGUGCAUCUAUGAUCAACUUCAGGCUCCUGUUGUCCAGAAAAUGGUCCAGAUCCUGAAAACCAAGCAGAGUAGUUAUUUUCCUACUUUUGAAGACAUUUUCUUACAUGUUGAAGCAGCCCUUUUUGAAGCCCAAGAUAUAGAACUGUACCUGAGACCACUGAGAAGACACAUUCAGGGCCUUAAGGAGACGGAAUUUCCACAGACGAGUUUCUUGAUUUCACCUUUAUUCCACACCAUUUGCCUGAUUUGGAGUCAUUCCACAUUUUAUAACAGCCCUGCCCGGAUGAUCAUUUUGCUACAAGAGUUUUGCAAUCUCUUCCUUGACCAGGCAGUCACCUAUCUUUCCCCAGAUGAACUUAUGAAAGGAGAAGUUGAAGAAUCCUUGGAACGGGUGCAAGUGGCCAUCAGCGUCUUAAAGACUUUUAAAAAUUCGUUCUUCAGCUAUAGGGAGGAAUUGGCAAGAUAUUUCACCAGACGCCAGGAGGUCAGGCCUUGGGAUUUCCAGUCCCACAUGGUGUUUUGGAGAUUUGACAAGUUUUUCAACCGCCUGAUGAAAUUAGAGGACAUAUUUUCUACAAUGCUGGAACUGGAGAAGCUGGAAAGACUUGAGUUUGGUGGCACCAAGGGCACUGUUUUGAAUGACCAGAUCUGUGAAAUGAGGGAAGAAUUUGGGGAGAUCCAUAAAGUUUUCCAACAGAGAACUUAUGACCCAUGUGAUUACGACAACAUGGUAAGACUAUUCUUGGAAGGACCCGAUGGUGUCUUAUUAUAUGAAAAGUACAUAGAAAUGCUCCAUUUACUCGACCAAUUUGGGGAUGGUAUAUAUGCUGAAUGGAAAAGAACAGUGGAUGAAAUCUGUGACUUCAAUUUGAAGCAGCCGUUGAUAAAGCAUGAUGUCACCAGUGGUCUCCUGAGUGUCAAUUUUGACCCAAAGCUUGUGGCUGUCUUGAGAGAAGUGAAAUAUCUCCUGAUGCUGGAGAAAUCAGAUAUUCCGGAUUCUGCCUUAGCCAUCUAUGGAAAAAGAAACAUUUAUUUAAAGUACAUCGGAAGUCUUGAGCUGCUUGUCCAGUGGUAUAACAAGCUGAAGCUGAGUCUUCUGGAGGUCGAGCAGCCCCUGAUUGAAGAGGAGCUAAAGGCCAUCGAUGCCCAGCUCCGGGAGGCAGAGCAGUCAUUCACCUGGCAGAGGGAAGACAGUUGGGACUCCAUGGAGAAGGUGAAGGCGGAUGUCUUCGAGCUGCAGCAGAGAGUGGAGCAGACCCAGGAAAAUGUCAAACUGAUCCAGCAGAUCAUGAAAACGUGGACCGAGCACACCCUGUUUUCCAGGCGAGAUCACAGAAGAGAAGCGUUCUUUAGCCUGGAGGGUAAAGGAGACGUGUUCGCUAGGAAAUACAGGCUGAUCCAAGAAGACGGACGCCGCAUACACCGAUUAGUAGAGGACAACCUGAGGCUCUUCAAAGCCGAGGCUGCAUCCGACACCUGGAAGAUAUACCUGGAGUUCAUCGAUGACAUCGUAGUCGAUGGUUUCUUCAAUGCCAUCAUGCAUGAUCUAGAGUUCUUCCUGGUGAACACAGAGAAAUGUCUGAAGUCGGCUCCAUUUUUUCAAGCACAAAUGAUCCUUAUGGCCCCCGAGAUCAUAUUUAAACCCCCACUGGAAAGAGAGGCUGGGGAUGGUCUGUACGACCUCGUGGAAGAGAUCUUGUGCAAUAUUUUUAGGAUGUCUAGCCAAAUGAAGAGAGUGGCAUUGCAUCUGGACAUCCCAAAUUACCAGAUAGACAUGGACCACAUGCCGGAUCUGACAGAGACCAGGAAGGAGAUCAUGGGCAGAGUGUCGGCGGUGAUCGGCAAAGUUCUGGACUACAGGAACUCUUUGGAUGCCUACUCUUACCUCUGGGUAGAUGACCGCGCGGAGUUCAUGAAGCAAUUUCUUCUCUACAGUCACCCAUUAACUGCAGAGGAAAUGGACAUUCAGGCCAACGAAGGCCUCCCAGAACAGCCACCGACAAUUGAGCAGUUCAAAGAACAGAUUGACAUUUACGAAGCGUUGUAUGUUCAGAUGAGCAGAUUUGAGGACUUCAAGGUCUUCGAAAACUGGUUUAAGGUGGACAUGAAGCCCUUCAAGAUGAGUUUGCUAAGCAUGAUUAAAAAGUGGAGCUGGAUGUUCCAAGAGCAUCUUCUGAGAUUUGUCACCGAAAGUCUGACUGACCUGGAAGAGUUUAUUAAAGUGACAAAUGCUGGAUUCUGCAGAGAACUGAAAGAAGGUGACUAUAAUGGACUUGUAGAAAUUAUGGGCCACCUCAUGGCUGUGAAAAACCGGCAGGGAGCCACCGAUGAGCUCUUUGACCCCCUCAAAGCCACCAUCACACUCCUGGAGAGCUAUGGACAGAAAAUGCCUGACCACGUUUACAUUCUCCUGGAGGAAUUGCCUGAAAGAUGGAACACUACCAAAAAGAAUGCUGUGGCCAUGAGACACGAAGUUGCCCCCCUCCAGAACGCAGAGGUCACUGUCAUCAGGAGAAAGUGUGUUUUGUUUGAUGGGAAACAGGUGGCAUUCAGAGAGAGAUUCAGAAGAAAAGCCCCUUUCUGCUUUAAUGCUGAUAAGCCCUAUGAAGUCCUUGAUGAGGCAAAUGAAGAGCUGGAGGCAUUAGAAGAAGAAAUGUUGCAGAUGCAAGAAUCGACAAGUCUUUUCGAAGUGGCCCUUCCAGACUUUAAACAAAUCAAACAGUGUCGCAGGGAAAUUCGAUUGCUCAAGGGACUCUGGGAUCUGAUUAUUUAUAUACAAAGAAGCAUCGAUAAUUGGACUAAAACCCAGUGGAGACAGAUUAAUGUGGAACAGAUGGAUGGAGAGCUGAGAAGGUUUGCCAAGGACAUAUGGUCACUUGAUAAGGACGUCCGCUUCUGGGAUGCUUACUUGGGGCUAGAACUAACAGUGAAGAACCUGCUGGCAUCUCUGAGGGCAGUAACGGAGUUACAGAACCCAGCCAUCAGGGAGAGACACUGGCACCAACUGAUGGAGAUCACAGGGGUCAAGUUCUCAGUAAAUGAGGGCACAGUUUUGGCAGAUUUAUUGGGGCUCCAGCUGCAUAAAGUGGAUGAUGAAGUCCGAAAUAUCGUGGACAUAGCUGUGAAGGAGUUAGGCACUGAAAAGGAAUUAAUGUUUGACACUGCAAAGACUAAGAAUGUUUUGGAAGCAACGGGCCGACCCCAUCUGUAUGAAAAACUGAAGGACUUACAAGACAGGCUUAUCCUUUGUGAAAAAGCUCUUGCCGAGUACCUGGAGACCAAGCGUUUAGCUUUUCCUCGAUUCUAUUUCGUCUCCUCUGCUCAUUUGCUUGAUAUCCUGUCCAAUGGAAAUCAGCCAAAACGGGUCACAAGGCACUUGACCAAACUCUUCGACAGUAUUGCCGAUCUGCAGUUUGAAGAUGGCCAGGGGCCAGCAGCCAGCAGAGCCAUUGCGAUGUACAGCAAGGAGAGGGAACACGUCCCUUUCCAUGCUGCCUGCGAAUGCACAGGCCAUGUGGAAACGUGGCUCCAGGGUCUUGAAGAAACCAUGCAGGAAACAGUGCGCUGUUACAUCACAGAUGCUACGGCUGCAUUUGAAGAGAAGCCCAGAGAGCAGUGGAUUCUGGAUUUCCCAGCCCAGGUUGCACUGACCAGCUCACAGAUUUGGUGGACCACAGAUGUGGGGAUUGCCUUCAGCAGACUGGAAGAAGGAUACGAAACAGCCUUAAAGGAUUAUAAUAAAAAGCAGGUUUCUCAGCUAAACACCCUCAUCACCAUGUUGCUGGGUGAGCUCACCCCUGGAGACCGGCAGAAGAUCAUGACCAUCUGUACCAUUGAUGUCCAUGCCCGGGAUGUUGUGGCCAAGCUGGUUUCUCAGAAGGUCGCCAGUUCCCAGGCUUUUGCAUGGCUGUCUCAACUGCGGCACCGGUGGGACGAUACUCAGAAACACUGUUUUGUCAAUAUCUGCGAUGCUCAGUUCCAAUAUUUUUAUGAAUAUUUGGGAAACGGUCCUCGUCUUGUUAUCACUCCUCUCACGGACAGGUGUUACAUCACCUUAACACAGUCACUGCAUCUCACCAUGAGCGGGGCUCCUGCUGGCCCAGCUGGCACAGGCAAGACAGAGACCACCAAGGACUUGGGGCAUGCCCUUGGCAUGAUGGUUUAUGUAUUCAACUGUUCUGAGCAGAUGGACUACAAGUCCAUAGGCAACGUUUACAAAGGCUUGGUCCAGACAGGAGCCUGGGGGUGUUUUGAUGAAUUCAAUCGGAUUGCAGUCGAGGUUCUGUCAGUGGUGGCCGUGCAAGUGAAGAUGAUACACGAUGCCAUCAGGAACAAGAAAAAGAGAUUUAUGUUCCUGGGUGAAGACAUCCGGCUGAAACCCUCGGUUGGUAUCUUCAUCACCAUGAACCCAGGCUACGCUGGUCGGACAGAAUUGCCUGAGAAUCUCAAAGCCCUUUUUAGACCUUGUGCCAUGGUCGCCCCCGACAUCGAACUCAUCUGUGAAAUCAUGCUGGUGGCGGAAGGCUUCGUGGAUGCCCGCCUCUUAGCUCGAAAGUUCAUUGCCUUGUACACGCUCUGCCAGGAGCUGCUUUCCAAGCAGGAUCACUAUGACUGGGGCCUCCGAGCCGUGAAGUCCGUCCUGGUCGUGGCUGGUUCUCUGCGACGAGGAGAUAAAAAUCGACCCGAGGACCAGGUGCUGAUGAGGGCCCUCAGAGACUUCAACCUGCCCAAGAUUGUGACGGACGACAUCCCCGUGUUCAUGGGGCUCAUCGGGGACCUGUUUCCAGCCCUCGACGUCCCCAGGAAGAGGGAGAUGCCGUUCGAGCAGAUGGUUCGCCAGUCGACCCUGGAGCUCUGCUUGCAGCCCGAAGAGAGCUUCAUCCUCAAAGUGGUUCAGCUGGAGGAGCUGUUAGCUGUCCGGCACUCGGUCUUCGUGAUAGGAAACGCAGGAACAGGCAAGAGCAAGAUUUUGAGAACUCUGAAUCGAACCUAUGUUAACAUGAAACAGAAACCCGUUUGGAAUGACUUAAAUCCCAAAGCCGUGACAACAGAUGAGCUCUUUGGCUUUAUCCAUCACGCUACUCGAGAAUGGAAAGAUGGUCUCUUUUCAUCACUCCUGAGAGAGCAAGCCAAUCUGCUGCACAGUGGACCCAAAUGGAUCGUUCUAGAUGGAGACAUUGAUCCAAUGUGGAUUGAGUCACUCAAUACAGUUAUGGAUGACAACAAGGUCCUGACCCUUGCCAGCAAUGAGCGGGUCGCCCUCACCCCUCACAUGAGGCUUCUCUUUGAGAUCCACCACUUACGGACAGCGACGCCGGCCACCGUGUCCAGAGCUGGGAUUCUGUAUGUGAACCCACAAGACCUGGGCUGGAAUCCGUACGUGGCCAGCUGGAUUGACAAGAGAAGCCACCAGUCUGAAAAGGCCAACCUGACGGUCCUUUUCGACAAAUACGUGCCCCCGUGCUUGGAUAAGCUGAGGACCAGUUUUAAAACCAUCACGUUGAUUCCAGAGAACAGUUUGGUUCAGACUCUCUGCUCUCUUUUGGAUUGUUUGCUGACCCCUGAAAAUGUUCCUUCAGAAAGCCCACGAGAAGUCUAUGAGAUCUACUUUAUCUUUGCAUGUAUCUGGGCCUUUGGGGGAGCCCUGCUUCAAGAUCAGCUUUCAGAUUAUCCUACUGAGUUCAGCCGCUGGUGGCUCAAACAGAUGAAAGCAGUCAAGUUUCCAUCCCAGGGAACAAUUUUCGAUUAUUAUCUUGACCCCAAGACCAGGAAAUUUUUGCCUUGGGCUGAUAAAGUUCCCAAAUUGACUAUGGACCCAGAUAUGCCUUUACAGACGCUCCUCGUCCCCACGCCAGAGACAACCCGUCUGCGCUAUUUCGCAGACUUGCUGCUGGCCAAAGGGAAGCCCUUCAUGCUCGUUGGCCAGGCCGGAGUUGGGAAGACCCUCUUCGUGAAGGACAUGCUCGCCAGCCUUCCAGGAGACUACGUGGUGUCCGACGUCCCCUUCAACUAUUACACGACGUCAGCCGCGCUGCAAAGGAUCCUCGAGGCGCCGCUAGAGAAGAAGGCGGCUCGAGCCUACGGCCCGGCAGGAAACAAGAAGCUCGUCUACUUCAUCGACGACAUGAACAUGCCCGAAGUGGACGUGUACGGCUCGGUCCAGCCUCACGCGCUGAUUCGGCAGCACGUCGACUACGGCCACUGGUAUGACAGACACAAGCUGACGAUUAAGGAAAUCCAUCACUGCCAGUACGUGGCCUGCAUGAACCCCGCGGUGGGCAGCUUCACCAUCGACCCUCGCCUCCAGAGACAUUUUUCAGUGUUUGCCUGCAACUUCCCCUCCGUGGACUCCCUGGCCACCAUCUAUAGCCAGAUCUUGGGCUUCCACUUCCAGCAGCAAGCCUUCAGCCCUCCGUUCCUCCUCCGUGGCAGCGCGGCGCUGGUCCAGGCAGCCAUCGGCCUUCAUCACACCAUGAUUCUCCACUUUCUCCCAACUGCUGUGAAGUUCCACUACACCUUCAAUCUGAGGGACCUCUCCAGCGUCUUCCAGGGAAUAUUAUUUGCCACCCCCGAGUGCUUGAAGGGACCCCAGGAUCUCGUACGCCUUUGGCUUCAUGAAUCGUCCCGAGUUUAUGGAGAUAAGCUGAUGGACAAAAAGGACUGCGAUUUGUUUCAAAAGAAAUUGCUGGAAACUGCUCGAAGAUAUUUCGAGGGCACAGAAGAGUCUGUUCUGGUCCAGCAACCUCUCCUCUAUUGCCACUUUGCCAACGGUGUGGGAGACCCAUGUUACAUGCCAGUGAAGGAUUGGGAAACGCUGAAGGCGGUGCUAACAGAGACCCUGGACGCCUACAAUGAGCUGAAUGCAGCCAUGCCGCUGGUCUUUUUUGAAGAUGCCAUGCAACACGUGUGCCGUAUCAGCAGAAUCUUGCACACCGCCCAGGGUCACUGUCUCCUGAUUGGCGUGGGAGGCAGCGGCAAACAGAGCUUGUCUCGCCUCGCUGCCUACAUCUGCUCCUUUGAGGUGUUCCAGAUUACGCUGAGGAAAGACUAUGGGCUCCAGGACCUCAAGAUAGAUCUCACCCAUUUGUACAUCAAGACAGGAGCCAAGAACAUGCCCGCUGUGUUUCUGCUGACAGAUGCCCAGGUUCCGGACGAACGCUUCCUGGUGCUGAUUAAUGACUUGUUGGCAUCAGGAGAAAUCCCGGAUCUCUUCAGUGAGGAGGACAUGAACAAGAUCAUCGGGGGCGUCCGACACGAGGUCCGAGGCCUGGGCCUCUUGGACACCAGAGAAAACUGCUGGAAGUUCUUUCUGGCCAGGGUGCGGCGGCAGCUCAAAGUCGUUUUGUGCUUCUCUCCCGUCGGUCACACUCUGAGAGGGCGAGCUCGAAAGUUCCCAGCUUUGGUCAACUGUUCGGCGAUUGACUGGUUCCACGCGUGGCCCCAGGAAGCCCUGCUGUCCGUGAGCGGGAGGUUCAUCGAAGAAACCCCAGGAAUCGAGGUGACGGCGAUCCAGGCAGAAGUGUCCCAGAAGCAGAGAGAAUGUGAGGCCGACCUGGCCAAAGCCGAGCCUGCUCUCGUUGCGGCCGCCGAUGCCCUGGACACGCUCAACAGGGUCAACCUUUCGGAGCUGAAAGCCUUCCCCAACCCGCCCAUCGCCGUCACCAACGUCACCGCGGCUGUGAUGGUCCUGCUGGCCCCUCGGGGUCGGGUGCCCAAAGACCGGAGCUGGAAAGCUGCCAAAAUCUUUAUGGGAAAGGUGGAUGACUUUUUGCAGGCGCUCAUUAACUACGACAAAGAACACAUUCCGGAGAACUGUCUGAGGGUGGUUCAUGAGCAGUACUUGAAGAACCCCGAAUUCAACCCAAACCUGAUCCGCACCAAGUCCUUCGCCGCUGCCGGCCUCUGCGCUUGGGUCAUCAACAUCGUCAGGUUCUAUGAGGUCUACUGUGAUGUGGAGCCCAAACGGCAGGCCCUGGCCCAAGCCAACCUGGAGCUGGAGGCCGCCACGGAAAAGCUGCAGGCCAUCAGGAAGAAGCUCGCUGAUCUGGGCGACAACCUUAGCUGCCUCACGGCAUCCUUCGAAAAGGCCAUCGCUGAGAAGGUCCGCUGUCAAGACCAGGUGAACCAAACCAGCAAGACGAUCGGGCUGGCCAACAGGCUGGUCAGGGAGCUCGAGUCUGAGAAGGUGCGCUGGGGUCAGGCCAUCACCUCCUUUGAGGCCCAAGAGACGACGCUCUGCGGAGACGUCCUGCUGACGGCGGCCUUCGUGUCUUAUGUGGGCUAUUUUACCAAACAGUACCGAGAGGAGCUGCUCCAGUGCAAGUGGAUCCCCUUCCUGAAGUCCCAGAAGAUUGCCAUCCCCAUAACAGCAGACUUGGACGUGAUCACCAUGUUGACUGAUGAUGCCACUGUGGCUGCUUGGAACAACGAGGGGCUGCCCAGUGAUCGAAUGUCUACUGAAAAUGCCACCAUCCUCACUCAUGCCGAACGCUGGCCCCUGAUGAUCGACCCGCAGCAGCAGGGGAUUAAAUGGAUGAAGAAUAAAUAUGGAGCCGACCUCAAAGUCCUCCGUCUGGGCCAGAAAGGGUUUUUGAAUGCCAUUGAAAACGCGUUGGCUUUUGGAGAUGUCACCCUCAUUGAGAACCUGGAUGAAACCAUCGAUCCAGUCCUUGAUCCACUGCUGGGGAGGAACACAAUUAAACGGGGGAAGUUUAUCAGGAUUGGGGACAGAGAAUGCGAGUUUCACCCAAACUUCCGGCUCAUCUUGCACACAAAAUUGGCUAAUCCUCACUACAAGCCUGAGCUGCAGGCACAGACCACCCUCCUCAACUUUACCGUCACAGAAGAUGGACUGGAAGCCCAGCUCUUAGCAGAUGUGGUCAGUGUGGAACGGCCAGAUUUGGAAAAACUCAAGUCAGUUCUGACAAAGCAACAGAAUGACUUUAAGAUUGAGCUGAAGCAUCUGGAAGAUGAUCUCCUCCUCCAUCUGUCCACAGCAGAGGGAAGCUUCUUGGAUGACACAGAGCUGGUGGAGAAACUGGAAAUCACCAAAUCCACAGCGGCAGAAAUAGAGCUCAAGGUGGAUGAAGGCAAAGAAAAUGAAGCCAAAAUUAAUGAAGCCAGGGACUGUUACAGACCAGUGGCAGCCAGAGCGGCCCUUUUGUACUUUGUCAUUAACGACCUCCGAAAAAUCAACCCCAUCUAUCAGUUCUCUUUGAAGGCUUUCAAUACUCUCUUCCACAAAGCCGUCAGGCAGUCGGAAAAGGCAGAAGACCCUCAGGAGCGCCUCUCCCACCUGAUGGAAAGCAUCACCUACUCUGUGUUCCUCAACACCAGCCAGGCUCUCUUUGAGAAGGACAAGCUCACCUUCCUCUCCCAGAUGACUUUUCAGGACACCCUGGAAUCCUGCUCCAAGGACCAGGAAUUUAAAAGCAUCCUCUUCUCGCUGUGCUACUUCCACGCCUGUGUGGCUGGGAGGCUGAAGUUUGGCCCUCAGGGCUGGAAUAGGAGCUACCCUUUCAACCCUGGCGAUCUCACCAUCUGUGCCAACAUCCUCUAUAACUACUUGGAGGCCAGUGCGAAGGUCCCAUGGGAAGACUUACGUUACCUCUUUGGUGAGAUCAUGUAUGGGGGCCACAUCACAGAUGACUGGGAUCGCAGGCUGUGCCGAAGCUAUUUAGAAGAAUUCAUGAACCCUUCCAUGUUUGAAGGAGAGCUUCUGCUGGCUCCAGGUUUCCCAGCUCCCCUCAACUUGGACUACGCGGGCUACCACCAGUACAUAGAAGAAAUGCUUCCUCCGGAAAGCCCAGUUUUGUAUGGGCUCCAUCCCAAUGCUGAAAUUGGAUUCCUGACAGUGACUUCAAAUACCCUCUUCAGAAUCCUGCUGGAGAUGCAGCCCAGGAAUCUUCUGAUCAGUGAAGAGAUGGCCCAGUCCAGUGAGGAAAAGGUCAAGACGAUCCUGGACGACAUCUUGGAGAAGCUCCCUGAAGAGUUUGACAUGGCGGAGAUGGCCCACAAAAGCCCGGCGCGCAGCCCCUACGUGCUCGUGUGCUUCCAGGAGUGUGAGCGCAUGAACCUCCUCCUGCGAGAGAUCCGCGCGUCGCUGCAGCAGCUGGACCUCGGCCUGAGGGGAGAGCUCACGCUGUCCCCCGACAUGGAAGCCCAGCAGGCGGCCCUGAAGUAUGACGCCGUGCCGGACACCUGGCUCCGGCUGGCCUAUCCCUCCACCUACGGCCUCGCCCAGUGGUUCAGCGACCUCCUCGUCAGGUGCCGGGAGCUCGACACGUGGACCCAAGACCUAGUCCUGCCCGCCGUCGUGUGGCUCCCCGGCUUCUUUAACCCGCAGUCCUUCCUGACAGCUGUCAUGCAGAGCGCAGCCCGGAAGAACCAAUGGCCCCUGGACUCGAUGGGUCUGAACGUGGACGUGACCAAGAAGUCCAAGGACGACUAUGGCCACCCCCCGCGGGAAGGCGCCUACCUUCACGGGCUCUUCAUGGAAGGGGCGCGCUGGGACGUGCAGGCCGGCAGCCUGGCGGAGGCCCGCCUCAUGGAGCUCGCCGCCCCGAUGCCCGUCCUCUUCGUGAGAGCCGGCCCGGCCGACAGGCGCGACACGCAGCACACCUACGAGUGCCCCGUGUACAGGACGCGGGCGCGCGGCCCCACCUACGUGUGCACCUUCGGCCUCAGGAGCCGAGAGAGGGCGGCCAAGUGGGUGCUGGCCGGGGCGGCCCUGCUCCUGGCCGUGUGAGCCCGGGGCAGCUGCCUCCUCCCAGGACCAGGAAAGGGGGAGGGAAGAAACGGAGAACACCCCAGAACCCAGCCCCAACCCCAAGCAGAGGGGAGGCCCCCCGGGGAGGAGGGAGG